GGAGUGAAAAAAAAAUAAAGGGAACACUGUCAGAAAACCCAGUGUGUUAAAGAAUAGACACAAUACAAGCAACUUGCUAUUUGUGUCCAUCAGUAGCAGUACUGGAAGCAGCUAGGAAGAGUAUGGAAUUUGUAAAGACUAACGGCUGCAAACCAAGAAAUUAGAAUACAAAAGAGCUACCAAGUGUGAAGAAGUACCUGAUGUGACAGGAAGGCUGUCUACUGUGUCAAUCAUAUUCCUCUAUGCCUCUGAUAAGUACUGCAUUGAGACGAGUUUAACAAGAGAAUAACCAAAAGCCAUUGGAUCUGUGUCAUAAGCAAAAAAGCACAAACACUGAAAAAGACUGUGAGAGCUCAUAGGUACCUACAUACUCUAAAAGGAAAAGGGCACAUUAGAAAUCAAUGGUUGUAGAAAAUGAAGCUCUGACUCAACAGCCAUGACUGAGGAUAUUUUAAGCACCACACUUUCUGCUUCAGGAACAGGGUUAACUGGAUCAUCACUGACUAUGGAACAGAAGGCUGCCUUUGUCUUUGUUUUUUUCCUUUUUAUUUUCUUGGGACUGCUUAUUGUUCGAUGUUUUCGGAUACUCCUUGAUCCUUACAGAAGUAUGCCUUCUUCAACAUGGACAGACUACAUGGAGAAAGAUACUUUUGAUUAUCGGCUGGCAUGAGCCAAGCAUGGACGCAGGAGAAAUAAUCUGUAUAACUCUGAAAUCCUGAAGGCCCUACCUGAACAAACAAUAUCACAGUUUUACUCAUUUUGGAAUCCCUCCAAUUAUACUACCUACAAUUUCAAAACCUGUUGUAAAAGUUACAGAAAAAUAUAAGCUCUUGAAUAAACUUACAGUGGAUCUUUUCA